AGCAAAUGAGUAGGACAUUGAUGGCGAAGCACAGAAUGUGCGUUUAGAGGAUGGCCUUGCACCAACCGCUCCAGCAGGUGCUUCAAGGCCCACAUCCAGGUGCUCGAGUGCUUUUGGAAGGGCCUCCAGGCUUGGAACAGUCCAGACCGUCUCGGGUGGCGGAUGAACCGGUGUCUCAGGAAACGCUGAAUUACAUCAGCCAAAGAGUUAAUUCCAUGCUGGGACAUGCAACAACAUCGUCUGAAUGGCAGGUCCGCGCAGAAUUGCGGCGGAUGCAGCCGUCUUUUACUGCCAUGAAAGAAAAGAUACAGCGAGUUGAUAUGCUGCUGAAUGCCAAGGUAAAGGGCAAAGAACCCGUCUCCCAGGAGAACUUGGACAGAUUUCUUGCCAAUAUCGACCAGCGCAGAGAACAGGAGCUUUCCCUUGUCAAGCGUGACCUCCACCACAUCAUCAUGGGUCACAACCACAAUGCUGACCUCAUGGCGGACCACAAGGUCGCCAUUGGAACCAUUCACGGAAUGAUCGAGGAGCUACACGAGGACAAGCCGGACAAGCCAGCGCUGGCCCAAGUGCAUCGGAAAGAGAUCCUUCAGCAUUUGCUACAGAUUUCAGCUACGCUUGAGAGAACGUUGGGUGAACAGGAUGUCGAUCAUCUAUUAGACCGCGGAGAGGCAAUAUUGCAGCGGAUCAACACCAUCAUUGCAUCAGCUGCAGCUGCCAUGUACCAUCAUCCGCCAAGCAUACCACCAGGACAUGGCUUGGCUCACUUGCCACCCUAUGGGGCACCAGAUCCCUACCUGGGUGGCGGGAUUCCAGGGCAUAUGCCUCUGGGUCAUCCUGUCCAUCCCUGCCUCGGCCUUUGACACUUUCUAGAUCUAACGCGGUUGCCUGGAGAUCAGGGACCGCCAUUGUCUCUGUGGCUUGCCCGGGCCAUGACGACUCUGAUGUGGCAUAGAACAGUUGCCCAACUGCUGGGUUGGCGGCACGCUUUUGAGUUGGUGGCCGAAUUUGAACUGUUUCACGAUUUUAUCUGGAAGAUUAGCUUCCAAUGAGUGUGGAAGCAACUCUUACAGCCAGAAUACAGG